AUGACAGCACAGGAGCAGCAGCAGCAGCAACAGAAGCAGCAACAGAAGCGGCAACAACAGCAGCAGCAAAAACAGAAACGACAGCAACAGCAACAGCAACGGCAGCAGCAACAGAAGCAGCAACAACAGCAGCAGCAGCACCAGCAUCAGCAGCAACACCCCAUAAGCAACAGCAGCAGCAGCAUCAGAAGCAACACCCCAUAA